CAAAAACGAAACUUAACAACAAACUGGAUUUGAAAUUUGUUUAAACAGAAAUUAUUUGUUGAAAAAUCAAUCUUUAUUAUAAAAUAAUGUCCUUAAAGCGACAUAAAUCAUCAUUCGAUGAAAUCAGUACCCAGCUGGUCCCUGUAGAAGAAGCUUCAACAAAACAGUCUCAAGAAGAAAAAUGUUCGGGUUCAACAGAAGAGUUCCGGGACGAUGUGAACGUUUUGUGGGACUACAAUUCGCCUCAAUCAAAACCGAAAUCCAAGGGACGGACAUCAGACAAAAAGAAACUCAAAUUGGAAAAUUACAUCAUGAGUCCGAGAGCGCCUCUGAGAAGACAUUUGUCUGACAACGACAAACAAAUAAUAAAGCAGGAUUUUUGUAAGUUGCGAGAGGAAAUGAAAGCCCUAAAAGCUGCACUUGCCAAGCCUGAUCACGAAACGAGUCUUGUGAUAUCUCCUAGAGAGGAGAGGUUUUUUAAAAUUGAUUUAGAAGAGUCUCCUCCGGAUGAUUUUGAUGAUAUUAUGAAUUUUGAUCCGUUUGAUGACAAUAUGGAUAAUCAAUUAUUAACUUUUAGUCAACAAAUUGAAGAAAAUCCUAUUAACUGUGAUAUAAAUGGGACAAAAGUGAAAUCGAGGCUUGAAAAACCUGAUGUUUUUAAUGAUUCUUUUGAUAAUGCUAUGGGCGAUUUUGAUUCGGACAUUUUGGAUCAGAUGACUCAAGUUAUGGAUAUUGAACAAGCUAAAAAUGCUAGUGAUAAUAAACAAACUGUAACAUUCUAUCAUUCUCCAGGAAAGAGCACACAGUGUAUACAAAGUUUUAAUAGUGAAUUAUCUCAAGAAAAACUACAAGAAAUUGAAAAAAAGAGACUGGAGGCUUUGGCUAAAUUAGAAGCAAAAAAACGUCUGAACCCAAAUAGAACUGCUACACAAGAAAAUAAGCAUGUACCAAAUUUCAAAUGUGACAGUAAAAGUGAAUUGUCUGAAGAAAAGCUACAAGAAAUAAUCGAAAAGAAGAGACUGGAGGCUUUGGCUAAAUUGGAAGCGAAUAAAAAACGUCUUGAUCCUGAUAAAACUGUUGAAAUUGCAACAUUUUCACCAGAAAAACACAAUUUCCCUUGCAUCUCCAAAGAUGAAAUUGAAAAGAAGAGAUUAGAGGCCAUGGCAAAACUACAUGCUAACAAAAAACGUGUUGAGCCCAAUAAACCCAAAGUCACAGAUAUUAUUCAUUGUACGCCAGAAGACAGGACAACAAAACCAGUGCAAACUUUUAAUUUUGACAAUAACUUGCAAGAAAUUGAAAAGAAGAGAUUGGAAGCUCUAGCUAAAUUAGAAGCUAAUAAAAGACGCCCCGAAUCCAAUAAAGCUCCUGAAAGUACAUCAUCAUCAAAUUCUCCUCUGCACUGCACACCAGAAGAAAUCGAGAAAAAGCGCUUAGAGGCGCUAGCAAAACGCGAAGCCAAAAGACAGCAGGAUAUUAUUGAAAAAAAGAAGCUAGAAGCCUUGAAACGUCGAGAAGAAAGCCGGAAAAAAAUGCAAACUAAGAUUUUUUGAAUUGUCUACAAUAAGGUUUAAUUUGAGACAAGAAUUAUAUUAGCCAAAAGAAGCCCUAUCCAUCCUUUGUCAUAGAUAAAAACUGUUUUUUUUUUUGUGUCUAACAACUUUUUUUUAUCUCUAGUAGGGUGUUUUGGAGUUGUCAAAGGAUACAUUAAUUUAGAAUUUUAGAUCAAAAUACAAGAAAUGCCAUAUAAAUAUUUGCAAAACACAAAAUAUUUUUAUAAGAAUAACAAUUAGAUAUUUUACCUGUACGCUUCUGUAGAUUGGCUUAAAAUGUAGCUGUAGACGGUUCGUUUCUCAAAGUCUUCUUUGUCUUGACAGUAUAUUGUUUGAUUGUAUUUCCAUUGGUGUAAUAACACAGUUGUUUUGAUAAGUUAUUUUUUUAUGAAUAAAUCAAUUUAAUAUGUUCGAAAAAUCUUUUAAACUUUUUGAAAAACUGUCACGAAUAGUGUUUUACUGUAGAAAAAGAUUGGGGUUUAUGGUACCUGAAUUUCAAGUUGAUCCAAUGAAAAACAACAUGAGAUUUUCUUGAAAAUCAACUAUCCAGAACUCGACUUAGAAAAUGUACUGGGAAACUAAUAUUCCUAUUCACAUAUUAUCUUAUCCAUGACUGAAAUGAAACAAAAUAAUUUCAAAAUCAAGAAAAAAAAAUAAAUUUAUUUAAUCACUCUUAUAAAUCCCAAGCGAAUUAUCCUUAAAAUUAAUAACAAUAACACUAAUAUUAUCCAUGCUGCCUUUAUAGUACGACUGUAACGUUAUACUUUUAGCUCCAUAAUCAGGUUCAUCAAGUCGUUCUUUGAUAAAAUUCACAGCGUCUUCAUUCGAAAAUAUAUCCCAUAAACCAUCAGAAGCCAGUAUGAGAAAUUGCGGUUUGUGAUCUUUCAAUUCAAAAGUGAGUAUAUCUGGAUCCGCUAUGACCAGCUUUUUGUCUUUUAAAGGAUAAUCUCCUAAAGCUCUGGAAGUAGCUAAAAUCCCAGCUACUCUCCAAACACCGUUGAAAGUUACAAAACCUCCUGCUUCUUUUAUGCGCUUUUUUUCCCGCAUUUGCUGUGGCUUGUGGUCGAAUGACAAAGGUAUGGCGUUGCCUUUGCUGUCGCACAUAACUCCUCUGGAGUCUCCAACAUUUGCCACGUAGAGUUUGCUACCUUCUAAUAGAGCUAUGAGAGCUGUAGUGCCGGCAACAUCGAAAGAUUUUUUGGCUACUUCAACUAAUCGCUCGUCAGCAGCUAAUACUUCAUCUGUUAUAAGUUUUUCAUAGUUUACUAUGCCAAAUUUGUCAAAGUACGAGGUUAUGGGUACUUUUUUCAUGCUAGGAGUUAGUUUUAAUGGGCGAGUAUCUCUUGUUAUUGGCUUGAUUGUAUCAAGUUUGCUCAAAAUUUCAUUGUCAGUUAUUUCUUUUGGGAUUUUUAUGCAUUCAUCUGUUGUGGAGCUUGUUCUUCUAAAGCUUUUGCGUCUUUCAGUUGCUGGUGGCAAUGCCUGCGGCUUUUUUUCUUCAACAAUUUCCUCUUUAUCACAGUUCAUUGGUUCUUUUUCUAUAGGGUUUCCGCUAAUUAAAUUCUUAAUUUGUACCACUUUGUUAGUUAAAUUGUUGAUUAAUUUCUCUUUGGCAUAAUUGGCUGCAAACUCUCCACCGUGCCCAUCAAAUACUGCAAACAAUGCUACUCCUGUAUUGUUGAUGUUAUCGUUUAUAACAAAUCUGUCUUCCAUUUUAGGCCUGCGGCCUUGUAUAGCAUAGGCUGCAAUAGGUCCAACUUUCAUUUCCCAACUUUGCUUUUCGGCAUCCCACAUUCCCAACUUGUCCAUUUUCAUUCUGGGUUUGUUGAUGGUGUACUGCAGCCUCCCUAACAAAUUACGACUCCAUAGAUCGAGGGCUUGCAUAUAGAAAUAAAGUAAAAAAAGCAUUGUUCCAAAAAUAAUCAAUUCGGGUUUUAGAAAAUAGGUCUUCACUAGUCUCCAUAUGGAUGAUAUGUAAUGGGUUUGUGUUUGAGUUAUAUGGGAGAGUUUUAAUGGGACACUCCAUGCUAGUUUAGACAUGAUUCUCAUGUGUGAAACGUAGGUUUGGUAGAUGAUUCGAUCGUCGAGUUCGUCUUCCAUUUUAACAGUCGAAAAUUUACUUUGUAAAAAUAUGUCGAGACGGUUAAUUUGGACGGCAUUUAGGUAUUUUCGCUGCACAUCGUGAUGCUACAAAAAUAUUAAGCGACAAAAGCUAAAAUUAGACUUUUUUUUUUUUUGUGGUUUUAAAUUAAAAUUAGGCUAACCUUUAUUAAUGCAUCACUGGCGAAGCUUGUUGAUUAGUUGAAUGGACUAUUUGGAACGCUAUCCGACUAUUCAAACACUUCGUCUAAGCAUUUCUAAACUUAAAUUUACGGAAAAAUGUAUUAUGAAACAGGAUUUGUGUUUAUUUUUGGAUAUUUCCCGCUUUUCCUCCCACUACCCCUCAACAUGAUUA